GCGGAAAAGUUCGAGAACGCCGUCCGUGCUUUGCAGGAGGCACAGAAGGAGAAGGUGGCCGCCAUUGAGGGAGCUAAUGAGCAAGCGCGGGAGAUCAACCGCGAAGCGAAGGAGCUGGAUGAGUCCAGGGCCAAGAAGCAAAUGCGCCUGCAGCUGAUGACUGAGAGCUCGAAGAUCACCGACCAGUCGUGCGAGGACACGAAGAAGAAGCUGGACAAGGAAAGUGCCGUGCACCAGGAAUUAGCAUUGAAGCGCGCCAAGAUCGACAAAGAGCUGGAAGAGCUUAAUGCUCACAACCGGCAUGCGCAGCAGGAGGCGCAGCGCAUGUUCGUGAUAUGCCGCUUAAAUGAGAGCACCGGCGGCAACGUCUUGGCCACGGAUCAGCGAAAGAAGUGCAUGCUGUUGUACCUCAAAGGAAUUCGACCAAGACGUCAAGUGCCCACGGUCCUGGCUGUUUCUUGCUGCCGUGCCGCCUAUGGACUGCAGCACUGCGGCAGCCGGCGUCAGCGGUCUGCUGACAACGGUGGUCCGUGA